AUGGUUUGUUUUCUUUUGGAUAUGAACUUACCUUCUUCCGUCACGUUAUCCUCAGCGUAUCUGGAUCGACCAGAAUAUCCAUCGGUCUUCCUCCGUCCUUCACCGACAUCAACGACAUCCAAUCCUUCAUCCUUGUCAUUGACGACGCCGAACCCAUACAAUCUCCGUAACCCUUUCUUAUGUGCCAUCCGAAACCGUAGACAGAUGAAUUCACGUCGUACUCCGCCAUCACGAACGCAACCAUCACCAUCUUCUCAGCUCUCAUCGCGAAGUAAAGAAUCACCAUCGUUAUUAACCCGGAAAGCGAGCGCGUCGAGUGCACGUCAUUCACCAGGGGGCUCUCCACCCUUACAACCCCCUCAGAGCUUACCUUCACUACGUGAUCAUUUGCACCCUUAUCUACCACCUGUAGCACCGCCAGAGAGGGAGAGUGGGGCAUCGAGCUCAGCACCUCAAGCAUCGUCAUCCGUGCCGCCAGGAUUUGCAGGUGGAUAUCCUUAUCAGACUUAUGGUUCAACCGCAACCGUUCCCAGCCAUCAACCAGUCUAUGGUGCACACCCGAGUCAACCAGGCAUAGGAUAUUCGACAUACUCUCACCCACCGCCACCAUUACCACCACUGCAUCAACCCUCAGGAGCAGGCUACCCAUACUCGCAACCGCAACCGCAACCACAACCGCAACCACAACCGCAACCACAACCGUAUGCUUCAACUUCCAGAGGCGAUGACUCAGAUGACGACGAACCCAUGGUUGGGACCAGUACUGGUCGGCAUCGUGGUUUCUCCACCCCAGGCCAGUCACGAGGUGGUUUAGGACCCGAAAGAGAGGCUUACGAAAGAGAGAGAGGAGAUGAGCGCGGUUCUGGCAGUGGUGAUUUGGAUAUGGAGGGGCCUCCUAAGAAGAAAAGGAGGAGACAAGCACUCAGCUGCACAGAAUGCAAGCGAAGGAAGAUCAAAUGUGACAGAUCCCAACCCUGCGCACCGUGCACACGUCGAGGCGAACAAUCCAAGUGUCAAUGGCACAUCGUCGAACCGGUGGAAAAGUACAUCCCUCGACAUGAAUUCGACGAAUUGAAGAUGCGAGUUGAAUACCUCGAGAGUCUUAUUCUCCGUGGUGGUGGAGGUCAGGGUGGCUACUCGUCUUACCCUCCUCCUCCUCCUCUUCCUCCCCAUCAAUCUGGCAGUGGGUAUCCUCCACCUGCUCAAUCUCAAUCACAAUCUUACCCUUCCCCUCAUCUACCACCACCGCCACCACCCAUUCCUCAACCGCAACCGCAAGCACAUACCGCAAUCCCUGGAGUACCAGGACCCGCGCCAGCUCCACCACACCCACCGACGUCAGGUAUCCACCACUUGUUAAGCGGUGCACCAUCGCCUAGUCCGAGGAGUCCAGUGUUGAGGUUACAACGAGACUUGAUGAUGGAUAGAGAUCGGGAGCUCAGACACGUUAGGUCUUCACCGGUGGUUGGACAUGCCAUUCCGAUUCCGAGGGAAAGAAAAGAAUCUACUACCUCUGUAUCGCCGCUACCCCCCGUACCCGUACCCGUACUAACCGAUCCGCUAGCUGGUAGACGGUCUUCGGGUCAUCAACAUAAUUUGAGCACGGGUUCGGUGUCUUCUUCAAGCCAAGGACAGGGUGGUGCAGGCAGUAGGAAUUCCCCGUCUGGUUCGACACCUAUGAUGAAGGGCCGGAGGAGGAGUGGGAGUCCGAGGUAGUCAGAAAAAACGUUUUUUGUUUCCUCUUGACCUUCGGGGUUAUCGCGUUUCCCAAGCGGUGUGUGGGGGGGUGGUUCUCGUCAUGCAUAUUCAGGGGUGAAUAAACAUUCCCCUCCAUCAUCAUUAUUUUUUUUUUGUGACGAGAGAUGAGUUAAAUUCGUCGGAGGAGUCGGAGGAGGGCUUGUUUUUUGUUCACCGGGAUUUCAUUCCAUCAUUUUCCUAUUUGCGGGAUGGGGGAAUGACGGAGCGGAACGGGGCGGCGGGGGACUGGAUGGGCUUAUCAUUCGUUUCCGGUUUCACAACCCUGGGUGCGCGGUAUUUUUUCAAUUGUUUAUUUGUUUGUUUUUGGUCUAGCCGCUCUCUCUUCUCUCUUCCGAUGUACUAUCUCUCGUGUUUUGAUGCAAGGGAGUCUUCUCCACCGAUACUUUACCCGACGUCUUUCUCUAUUUUGUCUUUUUUGACCCCCUUCCUUCUUUUUUGUCUUUUUCCAAUUCUUAAUCAUAUAAAUCAUCUCAUUAAUACUCAAUACUCCAUCUAAUUCCAUGUAGCGGUAUCAUACAUACAUCCUCCAUACUACGUGUAUAUCUGAAUUAUAACCAUCCCUGUAUAUAGCCACACUUCAUUACGUCUUUCAAAUGUUCAACGUUCAGCAGUUGGGCAGAACUCGGUAGAUUGUCCGGUUUUGCGUGAUCCAAGGUUGAAUGUAUCGCUCGA